AUGGAAUCAUGGCGACAACGAGGAUAUGUCCCCGACUCGGACGAGGAAGACGGCUUCGAUUCUCUAGAUACGAAGAAGAGCAAUGAGGAAAAUAGCCCUGCCGUCGAAAAUCUAGAAUAUAUCGACAACCCUUCAUCGUCGCCGAAGGAAGGGACGAGUGCAACGAAGGAACAACGCGAGUAUCGGGCUGAGAAUGGCUCCAUCACACUCUCAGAUACAGAGGAAGCUGUUAAUCGGGACACGAAUCGAAGUCCUCACUUGGAAAAUGUCCUGCAUGAUGAAACGACCCCAAAACAAAGAAGAGGACGCAAGACUUAUGGAGUUCGAUCAUCGACUACGAAAUCAACGAAUCGCGAGCUGCGAAGUAGCGAUACCCCCGCAAAGAAUACAUACAGCAUUUACGAUUUUCCAACGUCAUCUCAGGAACAUGACAGGCCUCAAUCAAAACCCCCGAGCCGCGAGUCUACGCCGAAACCCUUGAAGACCGCAGAGCCCUUACAAUCACAAGAUAUAGUAGAGCCACACACCUCAAAGGCUGACACACAGGAUGAGAUUUCAAGCACUCGGAGCUCCUCACCUGAUGAAUUGGCAUUGAUCCCUCAGGCUACUCGGAAGAAAAAGCCUGUAGGCAAGCAUGUCCAGCCAAUAGAGCCGCCACCGCUACCACCACCACAGGAGGUUUCGGAAGAUGACUCCCCGUUAUCUUCUGUACCGUCAUCCUUUGGCUCUCCACCGGCCGAAGGUUCUACAGAAGUACAGGCCGAUGUUGUGAUGGAGGCAGAACCAGAAAGACCGGCGGAUGGGCAGGCAAAUCUCCGGAAAGCAGUGUUCGUUGAACUAGACGCUAACCCGGACGAUGUAUUACCUCACCUUGAUAUUCCCGAAGAUGUGUUGCGAGAAUUACCGCAUGCUACACAAAGAAAAUUCCGAAAGCGCAACGCCAUCCAAAUGCAUCCGUACCAUCUUGAACAGCUCAAGUUUGCCCAGCAACUGCAAGCGCGGGGCGUCAAGCCUUUUGGUAGGCCUCCGCAGGAAAGACAGCAUCAGCAUGUCCCCACUGAUGAAAGUCAAGGGCAAGAUUCAUACGACCCCGAUGCACCUCCGUCAAGUCCUCCCCUAGAAGAGUAUCUUCCGCCAAUAAGACAUGAAAGACAUCGUGGCCCACAAUCUGCGGCGCAGGGCCGGCAACACAACAAUCCCGAGCAUCCUCGGCCAUCGCAAGGUCAUCUGGCAAAGCGACAGAAGACUUCUAAUUCUGGAACUCCUAAAGAACGUCGCAAUUUACACAAACCGUCCAAACCUCGCGGUAUCCGAGACAACAAUACUGCUACUGGGAAUCAAAAUGGUAUCUCCAUAUAUGAGCUAUCGUCUAGCCCUCCACACGCAGGCCGUUUAUCUUCCACCUCGAGAACACCUCGUGCCUCAGAAGAAGGGUUCCGGUUUCCUCGUGGGUGGUCGCCGCCGGGAGAAUUUGCGAAAUCCGGAGCACAGGAAACAGAAGAAGCCGGCGAAGUCCAAUUACUUGGUGCAGGUACAGAUGAUGAUGAGGAAAUACAGUCCAUCUCGUCCAACAGUCAGAGUGACGAAGAAGAAACCAAAACAGAUAUCGAAGAACGUGAAAUUCGACGGUUCCAGCGAAUGAUCCGAGGCGCGCUCCCUGCGUCACAUGCUCGACUGAAUCAGAAGGAAAUUGCAGAUAAACAAAAAGCCGCGCAAUUAGAUCGCCAUGCUUCCUUGCAACGACCCGAUGGAAAGGGUGUUGCGCGAAAGCUCAUUCGAAAGGGUGAUCGCUCAAGGCAACUAGGAACGCAACAAUCAAGAGGCUUGUUUGAUCUUGGAGAUUCUGACUCGCAAGAUGAGGACAACCGCAAUGAUGCCGCAGGACAUGCCUCCAUAGCCAAUGACUCUCGCGAGAGGUUGACUGACACCCUUGGUCUUGAAGACCCCUUCGCGCUGGAAGAGGGUGAUAUCUCCGAGGAUAAUCGCAUCGACUACAUGUUUGCACCUGCGGGGCGCAAUCCAACAGGCCCUCGGCACAAAACAAACAGUUUAAAAAGGCCAAAGUCGAAGCAAAGUUUGCUCAAUGGGGAGAGAAAGCCGAAGAGACCCCGACAAACCCGAAUGACCGAUGCCACCUAUGGAGCACGAAGGAUGAAGAAAUCCUCAACUGCCCGACGACCAAGAAUAGGUAUCUUGGAUGCGCCAGAUGUUGCCACGAAGCCUCGCGAUGAGCAAUCGCGACUGCUCAGGGUCGCGACAAGACGACCACGAUCACGUAAAGACGGAGGCAGGCAGAGCCCUACUCAGAAGUUCGUGAAACUGGCCUCCAGGGAAGACACAGUAGAUGCAAAUGAGUCUUUGCGAGAUUGGAAAAGGGGGGCUAUUCGGCAGGCGAAGAUUAGCCCACCCCGUCCUAGACCUCGCCAACACCGGCAUUGGACAACAAACCUUUCGAUUCUCAGUGCCCGAGCAAAUUCCAACACUAAAAUUGGCUGGAUACCGAACCAAUUCCUUGAUGCAGAGGCUGACGCUGAUGUUUCGAACACCGACACAGUGGAAGCAGAACAGGCACAGGCACCACCUGAAUCUAGCGCAGUACCAGUCCCGCCAAACCAAGUUCCAGUGGCCGUGUCUUCAUCCCGUCAAAAACCAGAGCAGCACGGUCACGCAUGGGUUGUUCCUAGAAAUGUUGCCAUAACAUCUUUGAAGAGGAACACCAUUAGGCCAGCGGCAACUAGUUUGGCAGGCCCUGGUAAAAGCCAAAACGUGGUUCCGGCCAUGUUCAAUCAGUCAUUGUCUGUUCUUAACCGACACUAUAAGAACCAGCGAACAUCUAAAUCUUACAAGCCCAGCUUGACCUUGGAUCGAUACGUCUCUGACAGUGGAUCAUUGAGUACCGGAGGCAAUUCUUCGCCCAUGAAUACUUCUAUUUCUGCUGCUGCUGUUGCCGCCUCUGCCAAAGCACGAACUAAAACGCCAACCCAAAAGGCCCCUGCAUCUCGACGGCGGUUGAAGAAGAAUCUACCCAACCGAAUCAACCUUGAUGCUGAUGAGUUCCGUCAGAAUCCAGAUCCUGAUACCAUAGUCUCCGAUGAAUCGGAACAUCUUACCAUAACGCACGUUGGACAUGCACGUCCCUCGUCUUUUAGCGUUGGCGGGCUCUUCAACUGGCAACGUUUCUAUCCGGUCGACUUUGGAGUCCCAUCCCUACGUGGCAACACAUUCUUCCAUGAGAGCACAUUCAUAGGAAGCGGGGAGUUUUCUCGUUCGUUGCGAAUCACAGAGCGGGACUUCGAUGGGGACGCCACUUCAUUCUCAUUCCAGCUCAGAGACGAGACAUUCCAAUGGGGUCGUUGGGAUGAUACAGUAUCAUCGGGGAUCGGGCAGGUCUUCGACGUGAUAAUCGAUAAUGUUGAGCGAAGUGCCGUCACUUCCCCAGACACAGGACCUACGGCUGCUCUAGGCGUUGCAUCGAGGCUAUACAGGUUGUUAGUUAAAUACAUCACAGAAAACCUGGUUUUCAUCGACCCGGUUGAUCGCACAGGGUUCGUCACUAGAGCAAUGGGGCUGGUCUCCCAGGUCAGAGACCCAUUGGCUGCGUUUCUGACUAGCGACGAAUACAACAAGUGCGGCCUCGUCAAGAUUGCUUGUUUCAACAUGAUUUUCUCCAACCAGAUCUAUCAGGUUGCUUCUCAUCGGCUCGUCAGCCCUGCCCUUGCGACUGAGGCUUUGGAUCUUGUCAAAAUAUCCGCUAAAGAUGUUGCAGGGUUGAUCACGUCCAAAGUUGGUUCUUCUGAGUUUAAAGCGUUGUACAAGGAAAACGAGUCUGAACGCCGCGAGUCGGGGAUUCGUGAUGAGUAUCCAUCGGUGGAGGCUUAUGUCGUCACCAAACACCUUCUACGCAGCUCAGGCACCUAUAAGGGCUGCUUUGAAGAUCUUCAGCUUGAAACUUUCAACACUGGAAUUAUUCGCAAUGAAAGGGAUGUGGACAGCCUGGAGGCUGGAUGGCGUGGCAUAUUCACAGUCUUACCCUUUAACGAAAUAGAUCCGCUUGGGAUUGCGCGCCCUGGCUAUCAGUUGACAGCUGCCAAUGACAAUUGGAAAUUAGCCAAGAGGCUUCUCGCCCCAGCCUUGGAUCAUUUCGAGACCAACUCCAACUCGCAACCGAUUUCAUACAACAGCUACUGCCGAACCUUGUUCCUCAGAUGUCAUCGGCUUAUCAAUUCCUGGGGUUGGAGAGAAUGCAAACCUAUACUGGACACGCUAUUCGACUUUUUCGCCAAGAACACCCUUCAUAACCUAAAACUUGAGGAAGCUCGUGGCUCACCUUCAUUUCUCGAUGAACUUGAUAACAAUCCUUCUCUGGAUGCCCGAGUUGGGGAGCCUUGCUUCCACACAUUUCUCAAGAUCGUAGCAAGUGGUCUCCGUUUCUUGGCGAAGAGGUAUGACAAGAAAAAGAUUCGAAACUUUGCCUGGCGUCUGCUGCCCAAUCAUGGUCGUGUAUACCCGAAAGAGCAGCCAUUGCAACAUGAGGACCUCGAUGCACUAAGAAAUCACCACGAUCUUCUCAGCACCCUGUACUGGGCUGUUCCUGAUGGAUGUCGCCCUAGGUUAGAAACGAUACGCAAUCUAGUCCAUCCUGCCACUUCACAUCGCGAAGCGUGCAGCAUCAAUUUGCGCUCAUGGUCGCGGCUUGUUCGAUUCAAGCUUUCUACGGGUGAAGAUGUCGCGGGGCUUGAUCCGUUUGGAGACUGGUAUGGCUAUUUCGUUACGGAGCUACAGCAGCAGCAUUCAUAUGCCCGCAAAGAGAUUGAGGCUCAAAACACAGGCGACAACCGGGUAUCUCAACAGCUUGUCGAACGCACAAUCUCCCAGAACCAGCGGCAGAUCGAGACCUUGUUGAGCAAUGCGCUUAGCGGGCUGCGGAUUGCUGUCCAGCUAGCUCCGAAACUGGAGCAUGCACAUAGGCUUGUUCUGAGAACUCCUUUUGAGUCUAUCCUUGCGCUUUUCAACCCCAAGCUCCCGCGCGUGAAUGUCGUUGUGUCCGAGGCACUGCAGGUUCUGGUAGCGUACACCCAGAAAGAUGUUCCAACUAUAUCCACAUUGGAUGCUCCUGCGGCAGUGGCUAUUGAUGAGGACAGUCAGGAGUUCGGUGACUGGGAUGCCAUUCAGGCUGUUUGGGACCAGCAAAGUUCUCCUAGUGAAGGCGUUGAACAUGUAGAGAAGGCUUUCCAUCCCAUUGUCUCUCGUCUCGUUUCGAACUGCUUUGGCGAGGACCACUGUCCCGAGGAUGCGGUUCUUCUCAGCGUGAUAGAAUGCUGGACCUCAAUCGCCCAGGUCCUCGUUCGCCAUAGCAUCCGAAAUUGGGACAAUUAUCUGAGCGAGUUCGGCGAUGAUUCCUGGACGCGGCUUCGACAAACAGUUCAGACAAGAAAGUUUGCACCGCUGUUCCUCGCGGCAUGCAUUGAAAAGGACGCACAGAUUGUUUCUGAUUGCCGAAUCCAAGUUAUGAGUAUGUGGCUGUCGUCGUUGGUCGAGCGCUCCUCAAUGUUGAAGUUUCAACAUCGUCUCACGGAGGCGCUUCUGAACGGGAGUCCCACAGAUCCCUUGCUUGCCAACCUUCCGUUUUCUAAGGAUAAGAAGAUUGACCGUUAUACGAUCACACUGGAAGAAAUCGCCUCUCGGCGACUAUCCCUCCUCUCGAGUCUAUCGUCUAAUAUGCGUGAGCAGCUCCAGGGUAUGGAACUUUCUGGCGAUCGGAACUUCUCUGUUACAAAACAAGAGUAUUCCGAGAUGCUCCAGCGGGCGAUGACUUCCAUGAAAUACAACUACCAAGAGCUAGGUAAUGGAACAGUGCAGGCUGCUCAAGGAGAAUAUGUCGAGUUCGUUCAACGCGUCAUCGGUUUCUUUCAGCAACAUACCAGCGACAUCAAACCCAUCGACCCCUUCUUCACGGACCCUGCCUCGUUCCCUUUGCCGUCUACUGACCCACGCUACAUUGUCGCGAAGCUCAAACGCUACGAGUCCAAGUUAUCUUCCAGCCAAGAAAUACAGACCUUGACCGGGUUCGUCCAGAGCAUUUCUGAGCGCGCUGCCAUUGACAGCCAACAGAGCUAUCUGGUUGAUCAGUUGCAUACAUCUAUGAAGAAUACCUACGAAGCUGGAGACUACGGCAAACCCUCUCUCCGCGCCGUUUUCUUGCAAUGCAUCUUUCCAGCGUAUCUCGAAGCGACGCUUUCCAACCGAGCCGCAUGGAUCCUCAGCCGUCCCAUAAUCCAGACCAUCACGCUGGAGUUUGAGAACCUGCUGUGUAACAUAGACACUCUGGACGAAACCUGCGUGUCUUCUGUCAUCGAUAUGAUUGAUGUUGUAUGCCGAGUCUCGUGUCAAGCACUGAGUGUGGUCGCUUUCCGUCGCCAUCGUCUGCAAAGUCCUACAACUCUAUUCAUGCUUGCCGCCUUCCUAAACAUGAUCUCUUCAGCCCUGCCAGUGGUAGAUUACAUCGAUCGAGCCACCGGUGUGGGGGGAGUGAUUAUCACGCACGUCGAAUGGAUCCGCGACUUCGCCGAAGCCGUGAGCAAAUGUCUACAAAGCAUGGAUCUAGACAUAGACUCGCCCUCGAGCAGUGCCCAUAUCACAUUCCCUGCGGUGCCGCCGUCCUCGGAUACCAGGAAAACAGAGCUCUUUGGCACGGCUAACAAUCUCGCCUCGAAUGACCUCCAGCUCUAUCUUAGAAAAUGGUCUUGUCAUCAGGACAAGUACUACUUUACUCGUCCUGGUCAUGAGUCACAGGAGGUCACAAUCGAGCCUGAGAUUGCUGUUCUCAUGGCUAGUCAGAGUGAAGCGCAGAAGAUUUUCGAGGAUGCGGCGAGUGGGUUCUUUGAUCGUGCAAGGGCUCUAGAGUUGAUCUCUGAAUUGUGA